AUGGAAAUUGAGUGUGUGGCUCAUUCCAACGAUGCCGUUACAAAACAACAGUGGCUUUAUGUGUUGAUUAUUUGGUCGGACGGAUUUGCGCGUCGCCGAGAAACAGACGCAUUUUUCUGGUAUUACGCCGUGUACUGCGCCAUAUGCUUGGCAAACAUUUUUGACGACAGCAAAUCGUUCGUCCGGAGACACUUCCACUGCUCAUUAUUUCCUUUGAAAUGGGUGUUCGUGCAAGAAGAGUGUCCUGCUCGGCCAUAUUAUUAUUUACGUUAUCUUCUGUCGACAGCUGGUCAAUCAAAUAAUAUCUCAUCAAUGGAUGUCGCUGUUGGCUUCAAAGCUGGAACACUGCCAAUCCAUUGGAGGAGUCCAAAGAAGACAGCCAUGGCGCUCUUGUUCUCGCUUCUUUUCUACAAUUACGAUCUCUAA